ACAGUCAAUCCCCUCCUCCUCCCAUCACCACACUUCGCUUCUCCUCCCAGCUCACCUCUCAUCGCCAUCCUCUCCUCCUCCUCCGGCCAGCCCAGCUGCUAGCCCAUACCCCUACGCCGGCGGCAGCGCUGGCGACGUCGGGGAUGAUGAGGCGGUGCUCGCACUGCAGCCACAACGGGCACAACUCCCGGACGUGCCCCAACCGCGGGGUCAAGAUCUUCGGGGUGCGCCUCACCGACGGAUCCAUCCGCAAGAGCGCCAGCAUGGGCAACCUCUCCCUGCUCGCCGGAUCCACCAGCGCCGGCGGCGGCGCCUCCCCCGCCGACGUCGCCCACGACGCCGCCGCCGAGGGAUACGCCUCCGACGACUUCGUGCAGGGGUCCUCCUCCGCCAACCGCGAGCGCAAGAAAGGUGUUCCUUGGACUGAAGAAGAGCACCGGAGGUUUUUGCUUGGAUUGCAAAAGCUUGGAAAAGGUGACUGGCGUGGAAUCUCCCGUAAUUUUGUGGUCUCAAGAACACCUACUCAAGUAGCAAGUCACGCUCAGAAAUAUUUUAUACGCCAAGCCAAUAUGAGCAGAAGAAAGAGAAGGUCUAGCCUUUUUGACUUGGUGCCUGACGAGUCUGACCUGCCACCCCUUCCUGGGCAUCAAGAACUAGACGCCCAAAUAUUAAACCAACCACCACUACCUCCACCCAUGGAGGAAGAGGAGGUUGAAUCGAUGGAAUCAGAUACUUCUGCCAUUGCAGAGAGUUCUUCAGCGUCUGCCAUCAUGCCAGAGAAUUUGCAGUCGAGCUACCCAGUGCUAGUUCCAGCAUAUUUCUCACCAUUCUUGCAAUUCUCAGUUCCUUUCUGGCAAAAUCCGAAUGAUGGAGAUGAUCUUGGACAAGGAACACAUGAGAUUGUCAAGCCUGUCCCGGUUCACUCAAAGAGUCCGAUCAAUGUUGAUGAACUGGUGGGCAUGUCGAAGCUAAGCAUAGGGGAUGCGAAGCAAGAUACAGUAUCUACUUCUCUUUCCCUUAAAAUGGUAGGAGGUCAAAAUAGACAAUCAGCUUUCCAGGCAAGUCUCCCAACGAGGGCUCAGGCGUGAGCACCCUCAGCACACAAACUGCAUUUAGACGAGAUCCUGGCAAAAUAAGCUUUGCCUCUUCUUUUUCUUUUUAAGAUUAACCGUGCUCUGUAGUCUAUCAAUGUGCCCUGUGUUGUAAGUUAUGUUAUGUAUGAAUGCAUCUGUUGUUUGUAUGGCACACAUGAUAUAUGCCACUGCUUGUUAACAUAACCAUUAAUGUUAGUGCUAAUCUCCGUGGUUGUACUGUAACUCUUAUAUAAGAAACAAAAAAUACUAUAUUAGCCAGUUUGAACUUUGAA